AAUACACAUUAUUAAUCGAAUAACGCGAGGCUCGUUCGCGCACCAGAGGGAAAAGUUGUGUGUGCGGUAAAUAUAUCCCUCUAUCGGCCAGAGCGAAACCACGCCUACUGCAGACGUCAAUAGGCAGUGCCGUAACGGAUCUCGAAUGCCGUUCGAAUGCAUGCAUAGAACAGAGAACCAACGUCAGAAGACGAAUCGAGGCGCGUUCGUCGUAUCAACGAAGCGUGUGCGUUUAACUACGAAGAAGAAACGAAGUCAGGAGAACGGAGAAAGAGCAGACGUUCAGUUAAUUACCGCUCGGCGUGUGGUGUUCCCAGCAAUUAUCAUACGAACACAGACUUAGAACAAAAGCAGUGUGUCGCAGCGUACGAUUCGGUUUUCGACCUGACGCUGCACUUGCAUCGCGUUAACCUGCUCGUCGACAGUGCGUGACGCCCGCUCCGCUAGAGUAUCAACACCGCGAGGCGGCAGCCAGUUUACGUCCCGUAAGCCGAUCUGCCGCGCCGUCAGCGUGCUCCCCUCUUGUACGGCCAUGGUCAUGCUAUCGUUCGUAGUAGCGUUGUCGUUGAUGACGGCCUUCGCGAACGCCGAGAGCAUCUUAAUGACAGAGGUGUUCGUCAUUCCGAUCAGACCGGAGACUUUCGACUGGAGCGGCGACGCACGAACCGACCAGUUUUCGUAUCAGCCCUCGUUGCUAAAUGCGCCUGAUCUUCCUUCCUGGAUUCAUUACACGUACAGCAAAAGGGAUCAUCACGGCUUCUUGUACGGUGUCGCACCCAAGGAUCGCAAAUAUUUCCAGCUGGAGAUCGUAGGUCUGAACAAACACACCUACGAAACCAGAUAUAAGGUUCUGGAUAUGAACGUCCUUGAAAAGGAAAACCUGACCAAGUACGAGGUCCAUUUAAAGAUCGAUAAUUUAAACGUGGAGGACAUGUUCGACCGCAAUAGAACCGAAGAGCUCCUCGAUAUAUUUAGGUUUGUCGAUAAAACUCAAGGAAAGACGAGGCCUCGAAAGAGGUUAUGGAAAAACGCGAUGGACUUGUACGUCACUUUUCUAGCAUCCGCCGUCGAACUCGGCGCUCGUUUGCCUCUGAAACCGAGCGAAGGUGAAGGAGUCGUCAUAAGGCUAGGAAGUUCAAUGCCAUUCUCGCAAGAGCUGAACGAACUCCAGGAAGAAGUGAAACCUCUAUGGAAAUUACCGUUUUGCCCUCGAGAUUUUAAAAGGACCAGCGUCGAGCGGCUUUUUAGAGAGGCGGAAUUUGCGCUGGAUUGGUGCUCGUUCAGACUGGUCGAGCAGGAACAACAGAGUUUGCAGCACGAAAGCGCGAGACGAGGACCGAGCAUGAACGUGUUGGAUUUACCAGCGUCUGGUAUUUCCGAGCACACGGAGUGGCGUUGGGCCAGGUCAACCAAAGCUAAUAUUCCCACGAGAAGUUACUUCGAAGAAAUUGCAACCACGAUCUUCGUCCCGGCGAUCCUGCUGCUUGUAUUGGCCGCUUUAUUGAGCACGGUGCUGUGCCUCGACAGAGAAAAAAUCGAAAAAAGGGAAACUUCGACGGGAGAAGGAGUUAGCAACAACAACAUACAAAUGGUCCAGUACGCUGCCAUCGAAAGGGGUACCUUAAAAUCGCUCUCUGUUCAACCAUCCAGCCCUAAUGAUUCCUUGAUACCAAGCCCUAGGAUCUCCAACGAACGUUGCAAUCCAUACAUUCGACCAAAUCCACCACCUUAUACUGGACCAAGUAAUUUAGCGGGAAUUCGGGCAGAUUUCUGACUACACGAGGAGCCAGCAAAAACGUGGUUUUGCUGAAUUAAUAACGAUUUACAAUCGUGACUACGAUGAGAAUCGCAAAAUCAUUGAAACUGGCUCCGUAUUAUCUGUUGCUUCGUAACUUGCUAUGGGUAACAUGUAUUACAUAUAUUGGUUUAAAAUUGCGUAGAUUUGAUAAAUUGCACAAAAUUACGAUAGUAACAACAUAUCUUCUAUCAUACAAAGAAAUCUCACUAUUAGUAUGGCACUAAUUAGUACAUAUGUAAACUUAAUAUUUAUUUAUGGGAAAGUAAUGUAUAUAUAUAUAUUUAAUAUUUAUAUUCAAAGUUUUAGCUAGUUUUCAUGCUAGUCAUCUUAAGUACAACGGUACUACAAGCAAUAUUAAUUGAUGAAACAUUUUAUUAACAUUUUGUUUAAUAACCCAGUCACAGAACUGCGAUAUGUACUUUCAUUCAAAAUUUUCCAUAAAAUAAAAAGAACUUGCGAAAA